AUGGCUUCUUCGGCGCGCAUGGUAUCGUCGACGCUGCGGCGAACUGCAAUCUCUUCGCGUGUAUCAUCGCGCUACCAAUGUUUGCGACUGUCAAGUCAAAUUCGUUGGACCGGUACCUCGUCAGCGACUUCGGAGCCUCACCAACCUGACGAGCACGGUGGCGUCAAAGGCCCAACCGCGCCCUCAAAAGCAAUCAAAUACACCUCGGAGUCGUACCCCCAUCUCCAACGCGACUCAAAAUUCACCAAGUUGAACGAAGAGCACGUGAAUUAUUUCAAAACUCUGCUGGGCUCAGAGUCGGCUAUCAUUGAUGGUGUUUCAAAAGAUGCAUCGCAGGAUAUCGAGCCCUUCAACAGUGAUUGGAUGCGCAAGUUCCGCGGCCACACCAAACUAGUUCUAAAACCCAGCUCUACUGAAGAAGUUAGCAAGAUUCUCAAAUACUGCAAUGACAAUAUGCUCGCCGUAGUUCCACAGGGUGGUAACACUGGCCUUGUCGGUGGCUCCGUGCCGGUUUUCGAUGAGAUUGUCAUCAACAUGCAGAAGAUGAACCAAAUCAGGUCCUUUGAUGAAGUGUCUGGUAUCCUAGUCGCUGAUGCUGGUGUUAUCUUGGAGAAUGCCGACAACUUCCUCGCCGAGAAGAACCAUAUCUUUCCAUUGGAUCUCGGUGCCAAAGGCUCAUGCUACAUCGGCGGUAAUGUCGCAACCAAUGCUGGCGGUCUCCGUUUGUUGCGCUAUGGCAGCUUCCACGGAAACGUAUUAGGUCUUGAGGCGGUACUUCCAGACGGCACUAUUGUGGAUGACCUUUCCACGCUUCGUAAGAACAACACCGGAUAUGAUCUGAAGCAGCUUUUCAUUGGCGGAGAGGGUACAAUUGGCAUCAUCACAAAAGUUUCAAUCAUCUGUCCUCGAAGGUCGCCGGCAGUCAAUGUCGCAUACUUUGGCCUCGAAAGCUACGAGAAGGUUCAGAAAGCAUACAUUGAGGCCAAGGGUCACCUUUCUGAGAUUUUGUCAGCUUUUGAGCUUAUGGACGGACGGACACAAAAGCUGGUAAACAGGGUAACUGGUAAGAAGAUGCCACUCGAAGGCGAACAUCCUUUCUACUGCCUGAUUGAGACCAGCGGUUCCAACUCAGACCACGACAGUGAGAAAUUGCAAUCUUUCCUAGAGCACGUCAUGGAGACUGAGGUCGUCUCGGACGGUGUUCUCGCUCAGGACCAAACCCAAAUUCAGGAACUAUGGUCAUGGCGCGAAGGCAUUACCGAGUGUCUUGGCCAUGACGGUGGUGUCUACAAGUAUGACUUGUCGAUACCGAUUGCAGAGCUCUACGACCUGGUCAAUGAGACGCGCGACCGCUUGACCGAGGCUGGCCUUCUCGGUAGUGAUCCUACACACCCAGUUGUUGACGUUGUAGGAUACGGCCAUAUGGGCGAUGCCAACCUGCAUCUGAACAUCCCAGUAAGGAGGUUUGACAAGAUUGUGGAGAAGAAGCUUGAGCCUUUUGUGUACGAGUGGGUACAAAAGCGAAAUGGCAGCAUUAGUGCCGAGCAUGGUUUGGGUGUUACCAAGAAGCCGUACAUUGGAUACAGUAAGAGUGAGACCAUGAUCAAGUUGAUGAAGCAGAUCAAAGAUCUCUAUGAUCCUAACGGUAUCAUGAACCCGUACAAGUAUAUAUAA